CAUCAGACUACAACAACCCUCAUAGCAGAUGCAGCUAGCAAAGAUGAGAUCCAGGCGAGGGUUCCACAGCUAAAGAAGUAGCUCUUUGAAACUAAUUGCGUAUAUGAUUAUGAGUAGUUGGUUGAGAGAGUUGCAAAACUUUCUGGUGGUGUGGCCAUCAUCAAGGUUGGAGCGACAACCGGGCCAGAGCUUGAGGACCGGCAAAUGCGGAUCGAGGACGCGUAGAAUUCCACCUCUACGGCCAUCCAGGAGGGCAUUGUUUUCGAUAGUGGCUUGACUUAUGUGAACGUGUCUACCUAUGUCCCUAUGAUCAAAUAAACAAUCGAAGACCAUGAUGGUUGCCUUGAUGCUGACAUCAUUCUGAAGGUACCUUGAUGAUUCCAUCGCUGGUGGUGAUCAAGUAGAUACCUGAUAAGGUUCUGCCCAUCUAAGGAAGAAGUGGAGCUGCCCAAACCUCAAAGGUUAUACAUGCAACAAGGAGAAUCUAGGAAAUUGGCAACGGGUGCACAAGAUUCGCCUCCUGCCCUGCUCUUCCGGUGGCUGAUUCUUCUUCGACUCUGUCGUAGGCGUCAAGUCUCUCCUCUGCUCCCUCAUGCCUGUGUGCCCAUGGCCAUCGAGUUGUGCCAAGUCGAUUGGGAUGCCUGCAUUGAGCCACUCAUUAUGCUGAUCAGCAGCAUCUAGCAUAACUGUGUGCCACGCAAGAAGAUGCAUGUGGAGCAUUCUGUGGACAGUGGGAACUUGCUGGCCCCCACAUACCUCCUUGACCAUGGUGCUGAUAUCAGUCAGGAAGGGGAAGAAGGGGCCACUGUUCCCAGCUGCAAAAAUGUGAUGAGCAAUGUGGUGAAGCAACAACCCAACUCCAAGGUGGGGCGCGCCCUAUGAUAGCGAAAUGAUGGCAAAGGUGAAUGGGUCCUGGUGAACAUCCCAUGAUUGAUGCUGCUUUGAGGAGCAUGGUGCUGUCUGGCACAAGUUUGGCCAGCGAAGCAGUUUUGCCUGCUCCGAGGAUCACUCCGACGCCUCCCGUUCUGCCCCUCCAGUGGUUGCUUCCUCUUCGGUUCCAGCAUAGCCCCUGCUACAACUUUUUGAGGUCCCUCAUCACCAACUGUCGAAGACAUAUGGCGCCCCUGGAUGCAGUUGAUCCAACCAUCCGUCUCCAAGAGGAAGACGUGGAAGAAUGAAAGAAGAUGGCGAUCUCUAUGAGCUGAUGUAGUUGAUCCAUUGAUCCAUCCACAACUAUUCAUCGGAGGAGAAGGACCUCUUCUCUUCAUCAACAUCAAGAGCAACCACGACCCAGCACUCAAACACAGGAGCAACUGGUUGGAUGCCGGAAGAAGCAAAGAUAUCACUGCUGAAGCAGCACCUUCAAAGAUCCAGAAGAGACGGCCUUAGAAGACUAUUGAUCACUGCUUUGGAAGCAGUUCCCCAAGCGCUGGACUAUCAUCGUCCUCUGCUUGCUUCUUCUCCUUCCUGCUCUGCAACAUGGACCUUGUUGGUCCUGGCGUUCACCCUUGGCGUGCAUGUAGACCUAUGAAUCUCGUCGGUGCGACUUGGUGGCCGCCCUCGUGGUCUCCGGCGAUGGUUGUUGGGCGCCAUGCGUGCAAGGUUGAAGGCUUGGUUUGGUGCACGUCGCCUCUACUACGACGCCUUAGCGCGGCGUUGCUUUGCGGCCUUGGCUGUUGCGACGAGUACAAAGUGGUUGGUGCAGUGGCUACGGAUAAGAUCAAAAUCCUGGGAGCACUACUUUGUCGCCACCCAGGAUUCUGAUCUCAGGGUGAGGCUACGGGAGGUAUGAAGAAUGGCCAUGCUUUUAUAUUCAACACAAGGAAGGUUUGUCUUGGUCUUGGUGUGACCAUUCAUUCAACCUGAAGAAUGACAACACAUGGAACGACCAACUGUGAGAAGUGGAAGCUUAUUUAGUUUGUGGUGGCGUUGGGUUAGCUUGUUAGCUGUGUUUGGCUUUUGUUGAGGAAAUGAUUUGGUUGGAUGAUGAUAUGGGACCUUUCAUCCAGUCCAGUGUAAUGACUUGACUUGGGAGUGCAUGAAUGAAUUUUGCAACGAAGGAUGCGGUGAUUUUGAUUCUCCGCCAACGCGUUAUGCUGCUGAAUUUGGACGACUUGUCCAAAUUUUGGCCUUGUUUGUAACCAAAGAAAAACUUUUGGGUCUUCUGCUUCAAAAUUUUGGCCUUGAUUGUAACAAAACCAAAAUUUUGGCCUUGUCAGUAAUGAAAAAGACGCUGAAAUGGCUCGCUUGCUCUA